GAGAAAAUAAAGGGAUAGAUAAGUAAAAGGGCUGACGGAGAAAAUAAAUCCUCCAAGUCGUUGACUUCAAGUAUUACUGAACAUUUUAUCAGAACCCCAAAGUUUCAUUUCUGUGUUUCUACGAGAAAUUAUCUCUGAGAAAAGAGAAGAGAAAAAUGUCUGGAGAAUCGGGUUCUGGUCCAGGUGACAAUAACAACAUAAGGGGAAUUCUGACUCAUGGAGGUCGUUACGUUCGAUAUAAUGUGUAUGGAAACCUAUUUGAGGUUUCCACUAAGUACGUUCCACCAAUUCGACCCGUUGGUCGUGGUGCUUAUGGCAUUGUUUGUGCUGCUAUAAAUUCAGAGACAAGAGAAGAGGUUGCAAUUAAGAAAAUCGGCAAUGCUUUUGACAACAGAAUAGAUGCAAAACGAACAUUAAGAGAAAUUAAGCUUCUCCGACACAUGGAUCAUGAAAAUAUUAUUGCUAUCAAGGACAUAAUACGGCCUCCGCAGCGAGAGUCCUUCGAUGAUGUGUACAUUGUUUAUGAGCUGAUGGACACUGAUCUUCAUCAGAUAAUACGCUCCACCCAGCAAUUAACAGAUGACCAUUGCCAGUACUUCUUAUACCAGCUACUACGAGGACUAAGAUAUGUACACUCUGCAAAUGUCUUACAUCGUGAUCUUAAGCCCAGCAAUUUAUUUCUAAAUGCUAAUUGCGACCUUAAGAUCGGUGACUUUGGAUUGGCAAGAACGACUUCUGAAACAGAUUUCAUGACCGAGUAUGUUGUCACUCGUUGGUAUCGGGCUCCUGAGUUGCUCCUUAAUUGUUCGGAGUACACUGCUGCGAUCGAUAUUUGGUCCGUGGGUUGCAUACUUGGUGAAAUAUUGACUCGAGAACCCCUGUUUCCAGGAAAAGAUUAUGUUCAUCAGCUGAGGCUCAUCACAGAGCUACUAGGUUCACCAGAUGACUCCAGCCUGGGGUUCUUGCGGAGUGAUAAUGCACGAAGAUAUGUAAGGCAACUUCCACAAUAUCCAAAACAACAUUUCUCUGCUAGAUUCUCCCAGAUGUCUCAAGGUGCAAUUGAUCUGCUAGAAAAAAUGCUUGUUUUCGAUCCAAGCAAGCGCAUUACAGUUGAAGAGGCACUGUGCCAUCCUUACCUGAAAUCUCUCCACGACAUCAAUGAUGAGCCUAUUUGUGCUAGGCCCUUCAAUUUUGAUUUCGAGCAACCAUCAUUCACUGAAGUGAACAUCAAAGAGCUAAUCUGGAGAGAGUCCGUGAAAUUCAAUCCAGACCCAACACAUUAAGGAAAUCAUAGAUGUAUGAUGUGUACUGUAUGCUAUAACUAAAAGUAGGUAGGUUUGUGAGUACUAUUUUCCUAAGUACAAGUUAAUUUGUUGGGAAUUCUAUGAGUGAUUUGGAACUGUUACUAGAGGUCACUCAAUGUUUGUUAUUAUUUACUGAAGCUUGUGUAAAAUGUAGCUUCUGAACCAGUGGAAAGUUCUUCUUUUCUGUUGAUACCAAGGUGCAUGUUGGAGCUGUAAAAUGCUGGUUCAGAUAAUGUAAAUUUGUACGCUGUUGUUAUUUCUUACCAAGUGAAUUGAAGAUUUUGUUCCAUGUAUUGGAUA